CUUUGCCCUUUUAUUAUACGAACUUAUGUGGACUUCGGCCCUUUCUUACAUCCAAAAUCUUCUCAGUAGGAGCAAAACUUACAAGGAAUUUAUUCAGCCCAGCUGCAUCCUGUUUUGUUGUUAUAAAUAGUAGAAGAACGUUAAAGUCGAGAGAGAAAGUUUGUUUAUACAAACAAAUAUAUCCUAUUUUUCUGCUUGUUCAAAGGAGGCACGCCCACUUAAAGUUUAGUGUCACAUUUCCAAGAUGGCUACGGAAGGAACGGAAAGAACCGGACUUGUCGCGGAGGGGGAGAACUUUACUCUGGAUGGGAAACCUGUACAGAUACUUAGCGGAGCGAUCCACUAUUUCAGGGUCCCCAGAGAAUACUGGCGUGACAGGAUGCUGAAGUUGAAAGCCUGCGGACUCAACACUCUUGAAACCUACGUGUGCUGGAACCUUCACGAGCCAGAAAAGGGCAAGUUUGACUUCACAGGCAUGCUGGACAUUGCGGCCUACCUGCGGGAAGCAGCAAACCUUGGUCUAUGGGUCAUCUUUCGUCCUGGGCCGUACAUAUGUGCUGAAUGGGACUAUGGGGGUUUGCCAAGCUGGUUGCUAAGAGACCCAAACAUGCAGGUCCGCACUACCUACCAACCCUACAUGGAGGCAGUGGAACGGUUCUUCGAUGCCCUCUUACCUAUCGUCAAACCAUUCCAGUACAAGGAAGGCGGGCCAAUCAUCGCCAUGCAGGUGGAGAACGAGUACGGUUCCUACGCUAGAGAUGACAAAUAUCUGACUGCAGUAAAACAGGCUAUCCAGAAAAGAGGUAUCGAAGAACUACUACUGACUUCUGAUGGAGGACAGAUUGAAAGAUUGGAGAGGGGUUGCAUUCCAGGGGUGCUGAUGACUGCAAACUUUAACUUCAACCCAAAGAAACAGCUGGGUGCUCUUAAGAAGCUACAGCCCAACCGGCCGCAGAUGGUGAUGGAGUUCUGGUCAGGCUGGUUUGACCACUGGGGCAGAGACCACCACAAACUGCACGUGGAGAAGUUUGAACAGCUGUUAGGGGACAUUCUCAGAUUCCCAUCCUCUGUCAACUUCUACAUGUUUCAUGGAGGAACUAACUUUGGCUUCAUGAACGGGGCCAAUUACAUCAACGGGUACAAACCGGAUGUCACCAGUUAUGAUUAUGAUGCUCCACUGUCAGAGGCAGGAGACCCAACACCAAAGUACUACAAAACAAGGGAACUCCUGAAAACCCUGGCAAUGAAGGGAGCAGUUCCAAGUGAAUUGCCUGAAGUGCCACCUGCCACAGAGAAGAGCAGCUAUGGACCAUUUCCUGUUGAAAAAUACAUCACAUUUGAAGAUGCCUUAAAGGUGCUUGGCGAGCCAAUCAAGAGUGAGACAGUGAUGUCCAUGGAGAUGCUCCCCAUUAACAAUGACAAUGGACAGUCCUACGGGUACAUCCUGUACAGACACAAACUGUCCGAGACUCCUGCCAUGGACUCAGUCACACUCAAGUGUGAUGUCAGGGACAGAGCACAGAUAUUUGUGAAUGGUAAGGAGUCAGGUAUGCUGAACUGGAGAGUUGGGGAGAUUGCUAUGUCAGGGUUGAAGGAGAAUGACAUUCUGGACAUCUUAGUUGAGAACCAGGGCAGGGUGAACUUUGCACAGACCAUGGAUGGAGUCAAGAAGUUUGUGUUGGAAAGUGUUGCUGGAGUGAACAGGGGAGAUGCUCUGUUGGACCAAAGGAAAGGCCUUGUGGGAGAAGUAUUGCUGAACACCACCCCGCUGAAGACCUGGGAAAUCUUCCCUCUAGAGCUCAAGCCAGAAUUUCAAACAAGGUUGGUUGAGUCUCCAGAUUGGCAGGAACAGACUGAUGCAGCAGAAGUACCCUUCCCAGCAUUCCAUCUGGUCAACUUCAACAUUCCUGAAGAACCAAAGGACACAUUCCUGGACAUGAAGAAGGGUUGGGGGAAGGGUGUGGCCAUCUUGAAUGGUUUUAACCUGGGAAGGUACUGGCACAUCGGACCUCAGGAGACGUUAUAUGUCCCUGCACCAUUCCUCAAGAAGGGAGACAAUCAGCUGUUGCUGUUUGAGCAGCACAUUCCCUUCAAGGAAGUGGUCUUCACGGACACACCUCGGCUUGGGAAGGAGAAGGAAGUGUCUUGUGUUCCUCUUUAGAAGAAAUCAUAGAAGUAGGAGUUAAGCUGCUGUCAUGAUUACUGAUAGCACUGACCAUGCAAUGUCUCCUGACUUUUUUUUAUGGCUGGGAGUUAGUUUUGAGCAAUGUCAUCUAUGGUUGGCAUUUGUAGGCAAGGUUGCCUACUAGUCUUUAGAAAGUCAUCAGUGCUAAGCUAGACAGGUGUCGAUUUUGACAAAUUAAUCUCAGAAAAGAAUGUUUUUCUUAGAUAUGUUGACAGAGUAUGUCACUUGAAGACAGAAGGAAAAUGUCCAGACUUUGCAUGAUGUACAAAAUGAACAAUGAAUGGUGGACGUACCAACUGAUAAGUAUCUAACACCAGCUCAAAAAAGAACUAGAAACCGUUAUGCGUACCAAAGUUACCAACAUGUAAGAUUGAUGUGUUCAAAAAUUUUUCCUAGAACUAACAUACUGAGAGUGGAAUUUGUUAGUAGGGCAUCUUCUCUGGAUGGUUUUAAAGAACACUUGCAGAUUAUUGUGCAAAAGCUAACGUGGUGACCAGCUGUUGCAGCAAAGCUGGUGUGUUACGCCAAAGGGCAGUUAUAUCGGCUAUAUAGAUACAGAUACAGUGGUCAAUGAACUAGAGCUAGAAUAGGAUAGAUCCAGGCUACUCCCAACUCUGCACUGAUCCUUGUUCAGUUAUUACUGUAGUGACCAGGAGCAAAGUUGUGAAAAGGUCCUUACCCAGACCCUAAAUAUUUUUAAAAAGUGUCCCAGUAUAUAUAUAUAAUAUCUACUGUAAUAGUAUGACUGAGCUUUUUGAGGGUGUUCAUAGCUUCUCCUAGUUUACCCUGCUACUACUAUGUGCUUCAUAUACAAUUUUAGGCAAGUUUCUCUUCUAUAUAAUAUAAGGAAUUUGGCGUUGAGCCCAGCAUAAGACAAAUGCUGAAGGAAAUCAUUUUACUAUUUUCUACACAUAAUCAUCAGUGAAAUAUUCUUUACAAACAACUGCAGCCAUUUUGCAAUUUAGAAGCCUUAAAGAUGUGAAACUUUAAUUGUGAAAUAUUAUAGUAGCUGAAUGCUGCAAAAUUAUAUAUAGUGUAGAAGUAGAAACAAAUUUAUCAAUAUUUUCAAG